AUCUCUUCUGAAGUGUUGGAUACUGACAUAGCUGGCAAAGCAGUGUCACCUCAUAUCCAUCUUAUUGAGGAAAAAAAAGCCAAGACCGAUGAUGAUGAUGAUGCCUUCUUGUGCCAGAAAGAAGCCGACGAAAACGCUCUUUCAGGGUCUACUGGUAGCCUCGAGACACUCACUCGAGUCGUAAGUGAAUCGGUGCAUAUCCUGAAGCCCUAUGGUCCUACUCUUAUGAUGCUACCAAACAUUUACGAGGUCCAGCCUCGGUCAUUUACAGAAUACACAGAACUGUACGUCAAUUCUCAUUUAGCCGUUCCGGACGUCCAGGUAACCAAUACGUUGAGUACAGUUUUCGGAAAACUUUUGACCUACAAGUUUUGA